AGUAGGAGGAGGCGGAGGCAGCAGCGGCGGCGGCGGCGGGUGGUGGGAGGACGUUAACUUGCAGUCGGUGUGUCUGAAAGUGUCGCGCGGCGCUGCUCUGGUCUGGCGGCUCUCGGUGCUGAAGGACGGCGGCGGCUCAGACUCGGCUCACGCGGCUGGGAUGCGCGCGGACAGCCGCUCCGCGAGGAUCCCUGAAGUUUCCGCGUCGCUCCUAACUUUCCGCCGGGCUUCAGCCCAGCCUGAACUCGGCCCGUGAACCGUCGGUCCCACAUGCGUCUGCCCCCCACCCCCAUUCAACCAGGUGAGCCCGCCGUUCGUUCUCCCGAGGGGGAUCGCGCCGGCUGCAGCGCCGGUUUGGACCUGUUCGCACGCGGCUGCGCGCGGAUCUGUUUUCACGAAGGCGCCUCGGGUUCCCACUGGAGAACAUGACCGGAGAACUGCGGAGCACCGGGACGGAGAGCCGCCGCAGGAGCGGCAGAGCCCCGGGAACAGCGGCGUGGCUGCUCGGCUUCUUCAGCCUCCAAGUGUUGGCCAACCAGGCCGCCGCCAUCUACUUCACCAAGGAACCCACGUCCCAGGAUGCUUUGCACGGCCGCAGUGCCAUGCUGCGCUGCGAAGUCGGCAAUCCGACGGAUGUCACGUACAGAUGGCUUCACAAUGGCGAGCGCCUGGAGCACGAUGAGCGGCGCUUCCAGGAAGGAAGCAACCUGAAGUUCACGGCGGUGGACCGGCGGCUGGACGCCGGGAACUUCGUGUGCGUCGCCGAAAACGCAGCGACCGGAGAGACGGCCCAGUCCAGCAACGCCUCCUUCAACAUCAAGUGGCUGGAAAGUGGCGCUCUGACUCUGAAGGAGCCUCUUUCAGAGGAGGACAUCCAGAGCUCUGCACCGGUGACGCUGCGCUGUCACAUCGACGGACACCCUCGACCAACGUGUCAUUGGUACAAAGACGGCGUGAAGCUGACGGAGAAGACCCAUCAGAUCAACAACAAGGAGCGGACGCUCACCAUCAAGAGCGCCAGUCCGGAUGACAGCGGCCUUUACUCCUGCUGUGCCAAAAAUGCAGCCGGGAGCGUCUGCAGCAAUCCAAACUUCACUCUCAACAUUAUAGAUGAGAGCUUCCCGCGGCCGGUGGUCACUCCUGAAGACCAGGUGGUGAUGAAGAACGAGGAGGCGGUUUUCCACUGCCAGUUCACCGCCGAGCCCCCUCCCACGCUGGAGUGGUUCCACGAAAACGACCCGCUGUCCAACAAGUCCCGCAUCUUCCUGUUGUCCAAUGGCAGCCUGCUCAUCACGCAGGUCAAACCCAGGAACACGGGAACCUACCGAUGUGUCGGCCGGGGCCUCAGAGGAUCCCACGUGGCCCUGGAGGCCUCCCUGCUGAUCGCUGAAAUAGAAGACAUGGAGCCCGAGAAGUCGCUCGUCUUCCAAGCCAACACCCAGCAGCGAGUGGCGUGUCGGCCCCCCCGAGGCAAACCCAGCCCCGACGUGUGGUGGGAGAGGGGCGGCCAGCGCGUGCCCGCAGAAGGCCGGGUGUUCCAGGAGGGCCUGGACCUGGUCUUCAACCCGACGGCGGAGGGAGACUCUGGCGUUUACACCUGCGUGGCGGAGAACAAGGCGGGACGCAGAACGCAGGAGGCCACCCUCACCGUGGCCACUCGUCCAGAGUGGGUGACGAGACCUCAGGACAGCAACUUGGAGGAAGGUAAACCCGGUUACCUCCACUGUCUCGCUCGAGCCAACCCACCACCCGAGGUCACGUGGAUGCGCAACAACGCCGUGGUCAAACCCGAGGACCCGCGCUUUGAGGUCUUCCCCAACGGCACCCUCAGGAUCAAUAACGUGGAGGUGUACGACGCCCACAUGUACAGCUGUGAAGCCAGGACCGCCGGCGUCAGCCUGUCCGCCCACGCUCGUGUCGCCGUGCUCGAGAAGCUGAAAUUCACGCCGACCCCCCAGCCGUCCCAGUGCCUGGAGCUGGAUAAGGAGAUCACCAUCCAGUGCUCAGCUACAGGCAUGGAACCGCCCACAAUCCGCUGGACCAAAGCAGAUGGAGGAGAGCUGCUGCCUCACGUGGAGCAGAAGGACGGCCAGCUCCACUUCAGCAAAGUCACCCGCAGCGACGCCGGGAACUACACCUGCAUCGCCUCCAACAGCCUGCAGGGGGAGAUCAGAGCCCUGGUGACUCUCAUCGUAGCUGUGUACAUCCGGUUCAAGUUGGAGCCGGAAAACACCACCGUGUACCAGGGCCACACGGCCGUCCUGCACUGCCAGGCCACCGGAGACCCCGAGCCCCGCAUCCACUGGAUGCUGAAGGAAGCCAUGCUGGACAUGAAAAAGAACAAGAGGUUCCAGAAGAUGCCCAACGGCUCCUUGGUGAUCUUUGAUGUCACCACAGACGAUACGGGCAGGUACACCUGUGUGGCUGGGAACAGCUGCAGCAUCAAAUUCCUCGUGGCUCAGCUGUAUGUAGUCGAGAAGCCGACACACGCCUACGACGUCGAUGAAGACCGGGCUCCGUACAAGAUGAUUCAAACCAUCGGCCUGUCUGUGGGGGCGGCCGUGGCCUACAUCAUCGUGGUGCUGGGACUGAUGUUCUACUGCAAGAAGAGGCGGAACGCCAAGAGGCUGCAGAAGGGCCCGGAGGGCGAGGAGCCCGAGAUGGAGUGUCUGAACGGCGGUGCUGUUCAGCAAAACGGCCACACCACCGCCGAGAUCCAGGAGGAAGUGGCGCUCGCCAACAUGGGAACCAGCGCGACGACUGAGAAACGCCACAGCCACGUCAACAGCGACAAACUUCAUUUUCCUCGGGCAAACCUCCAAACCAUCACCACAUUAGGUAAAGGCGAGUUCGGCGAGGUGCUGCUGGCCAAAGCCAAAAGCAUCGAGGAGGGCGAGGAGGAGACGGUGGUGCUGGUGAAGAGUCUGCAGACCAGAGACGAGCAGCUGCAGCAAGACUUCCGCCGCGAGGCGGAGAUGUUCUCCAAGCUGAGCCACGCCAACGUGGUCCGCCUGCUGGGCCUGUGCAGGGAAGCAGAGCCGCACUACAUGGUCCUGGAGUACUACGACCGGGGAGAUCUGAAACAAUAUCUGAGGAUCUCCAAAAGUAAAGACGACAAAGUGAAGUCUCAGCCUCUGAGCACCAAAACCAAAAUGUCUCUCUGUGCUCAAGUGGCUCGCGGCAUGGAGCACCUGUCCAACCAUCGCUUCGUCCACAAAGACCUCGCCGCCCGAAACUGUCUGAUCAACAGCCAGAGGCGGGUCAAGGUGUCCUCGCUCAGCCUCAGCAAGGACGUCUACAACAGCGAGUACUAUCACUACCGACAGUCGUGGAUCCCGCUGCGCUGGCUGCCGUCAGAGUCCGUCUUCGAGGACGACCUGUCCACCAAGUCGGACGUGUGGGCCUUUGGCGUGCUGAUGUGGGAGGUGUUCAGUCACGGGGAAAUGCCGUACUCCAAACUCGACGACGAGGAGGUUCUGGAAGGUCUGAAGGCGGGGAAGCUGAAGCUGCCCCCCCCAGAGGGAUGCCCCUCCAAAAUCUACAAGCUUAUGGCGCGCUGCUGGGCGCUCGGCCCCAAGGAGCGGCCGUCCUUCACCGACAUCGUCCACGUGCUGGGGGAGCUGCCGUCUGACAGCAAGGUCUGAGCAGAACCCCCCCCCUCGCGGCUGGGACACAAAUGCUGGAUUAUGAACCGACCCGGGAGGUGGGUUGAAGAGAAAAACGACUUUAUGACUCGAUCCGGAGCGCGGAUCAGACUCUUGAUGUCAGUUAGUGUGAACGUCCCUCUGAGCUGCGCCGGAGCUCCGCCUUAAAUGCAACCCCCCCCCUCCCCCCGGUGAUCUGCAGCCCCUCCUGGACACAACCGCAGUGCCUCCGCCCCCCCUCCACCCCUGACCCUGUGAGGAUGGACGGAUGCUUCCGUUAAACCCUCCAAACUUUCAAAGUGUGUGUCUGUGUGUUUGGGGAGUGAAUCACGUCUGCAUGAAGGUUUGUCGUCUGUCGCUUCGCUGAUCCACAACAAUCCACGAGCAGAAGAUCCCGUUUUAUAGCCAAGGACCACAAACGGAUGAGAUUGUGCCAGUGUGAACUUUUCUAUGUUUUUCUAAUGUGGCUUUUCUAUUUUGGAGGCGCUUUCUCGCCUCUGUUGACGUGCAAACACCACCAUGCGGACGCCACGGCGAUUCCGCCUGUCGCCAGAUUUCACCCCGCGACUCAAGGGUCCAAACGAAACUCCGAGGUCCAAAAAUGUGUGGCUACCACGUGGCCCGGCCCGGCACGGCCCGGCCCGGCCAAGUGUUUCUGAUGCAGAAGCGGUGCACUAACUUCAGGUCACGCUCCUUCUGCUUCCCGCUGUGCAGACGGAGACGCAGGCGCCUGCUUAUUUAUGAUGACGGUCCUGUUUCUGCAGACGGACUGUGAGCUCCUUCUCUGUUCAUUCCACAGUCUGAAGGCGCCGACAACAGAAGCCAACAAAUGCGGGUCACCAGAACUCCUUUAAGUGCCUGGAAAAUGAAGGAUUAUCUUAACCAGUCCCCCCCUUUUUUUUGGGAUAUCUAAUCAAAUGCAAGUCCUUUUUUAUCAACUUGUUUUUUAUAUAUAUAUAUGUGGAUUUUAGUGUAUUGUUUUUAAAUGAAUGCUAGGAACUCACUCCUAGACUUUGUUUUAAUACGCUUCAGCAAAGGUUCACAAUAAUCCGAUAUAUUCCAGACUAUACAAGCUGCUGUCAAUAAAGGUUCGUUGUUUUCACUCA